AUGGCUCCCUACCAAGGCCAAUGCCACUGCGGUAACACUACCUGGACCGCUGAAAUCCCCGAAGAGAAACACAUCCUGUGCCACUGCGGAGCCUGCAAGGCCCUGGGAGGCGGUGAAUUUACUCUCAACCAGGUCAUCCCCAAAUCCAACUUCAACUUGACCAAGGGAGAUCUCAAGGUCUACACCUACAAGGGCGAUUCCGGAAAUUCCGUCGACUGUUACAUGUGUCCCAACUGCGCGGCCAGCCCGUAUCAUCACCAGAAUGUUAUGGGUCCCGACACCAUCGUCAUCCGGACGGGUUUGUUGAAGGGAAGCGAGAAAUGGGGAAAGCCGGCCGCCGAACUCUACGACAAGUUUCGACCAAGCUGGCUUCCUCAGACGGGCGAUGCCAGCUUUGCCCUAACGCCUCCUUCCUAG